CCGCCUGCCGGGCCCCGCUCCCCGCCGCGGCCCCUCGCCUCUGUCCUUUGCCCGGGGUGCGCCCGAUCCGCCCCGGGCCAGCGAAGCCGGAGGGACGCGCGCCGGAGAGCGCCUUUGUGGACUUCACGACCGCCAACAUCUGGGCGCAGCGCGGGCCACCGCUGGCCGCCGCGCCGCCGCCUCGCCUUGGGGACCGUAGGAGGCGCAGCCCGGAGGCCGGAGACUUCAGUUCGGGACCAGCCUCCCGGGAUGCGGUAGCGGCCGCUGUGCGGAGGCCUCGAAGCAGCUGCAGCCGCCGCCGCGCAGAUCCACGCUGGCUCCGUGCGCCAUGGUCACCCACAGCAAGUUUCCCGCCGCCGGGAUGAACCGUCCCCUGGACACCAGCCUGCGCCUCAAGACCUUCAGCUCCAAGAGCGAGUACCAGCUGGUGGUGAACGCAGUACGCAAGCUGCAGGAGAGCGGAUUCUACUGGAGCGCUGUGACCGGCGGCGAGGCCAACCUGCUGCUUAGCGCCGAGCCAGCGGGCACCUUCCUCAUCCGCGACAGCUCGGACCAGCGCCACUUCUUCACACUCAGUGUCAAGACCCAGUCGGGGACCAAGAACCUGCGCAUCCAGUGCGAGGGGGGCAGCUUCUCGCUCCAGAGUGACCCCCGGAGCACGCAGCCGGUGCCCCGCUUCGAUUGCGUACUCAAGCUGGUGCAUCACUACAUGCCUCCCCCCGGCGCCGCCUCCUUCUCUUUACCAUCGACGGAACCCUCCUCCUCACCCUCUUCCGAGGUGCCGGAGCAGCAACCUGCCCAGUCACUCCCUGGGGGUACCCCUAGGAGAGCUUACUACAUCUAUUCUGGGGGCGAGAAGAUUCCCCUGGUAUUGAGCCGGCCCCUCUCCUCCAACGUGGCCACCCUUCAGCAUCUCUGUCGGAAGACUGUCAACGGCCACCUGGACUCCUAUGAGAAAGUCACUCAGCUGCCCGGACCCAUUCGGGAGUUCCUGGACCAGUAUGAUGCCCCGCUUUAAAGAGCAAGGGACAGGAAUGCGAGAGGAGCCUGGGUUCCCUCUCCGUGGCACAUGGCACAAGCACAAAAAUCCAGCCCCAAUGGUCCGGCAGCUCUGGGUGAGCCAGGGGCAGCCAGACCUCUUCCUCCUCAGGCCCUCCCCUCUGCAGAGUGGGGCAGGCAGGACCUGGAAUGUGUUUGAGGGAUGGAGUGCCACCUGCCUCUCCAACCCCAGCUCCACCUGGCCUGAUGGGACAAUGGCAUUGGCAAGUGGAUUCUCCUCUUCCCUUCCUCUGCGCCCCUCUGCUUCCCAAGGGAGGUGGACACUACCAAGAGCCACAGGGGAAUCGUCACACUUUCCAACGAGGAACUUGUUUGCGCUUUGAUUUGGUUUGAUCCUGAGCAGGCAGAGGCCAGGCCUGGGGGAAAAGACGGAGGAGAAGAGGGUGUGAGUGUGAAAGGCUGCAAGCUGGCCAAAGAAAUGGCCACUCCUACUGCCCAGCCUAGGUGAGGCAUGGGGACUGCAUGCUUCAUUCCUGUGUCUAGGGAGAGAGGGAAGGGGUGACCUGAAGACAGCCAUCCUGGUGUCCCGCUCCUCUCCCUUGGGGAGCCAAUGAAACCCACGUCCCCAAGUCCGCUGGUGCCCCAGAGCCCUCCCCCUUUUAAGGAAGAAGUGGCAUUUGGAAAGGAGAUGGAUGGAGCUGGUCAGUUGGCCUCCUUUUCCAGCACUGGAGGUGGCAGAUGAGCGAUCUUGGACCUCAGGUUCCCUAGAGAAGAUGAGGGCUUCUGCUGUGUGCCUCCUCUGUCUGGCUUGGAGACUUGCCUUAAAUGUUCCCUGUCCAGUGGAUAGGGGUCGGCACACCAGGAGCCAAACACAGCCAACAGGCAGAAGAGUUGAGGGAUUCACCCAGCUGAUCACAAGCCAGGGGAAGUGGGUGCAGGGUGGAGACUCAGGCCUCCUCAGUGAGCAGUGGGAAGAUGAUGUUGGCCAGUCCUAGGCACCUUGUGGCCAGCAGAGCCAGCGGGUCCUACAGGCCAGGCAGUCGCCCUGCAUAGCCCUUCCUCCCUGCCUGGGGGGAAGCAGGAAGGGAUGGAGAAGCCUUUGCCUGCCCCUCCAUAGCACUGAUUGACAGCUCACUGGAAUGCAGCAACAGAGUAAUUAAUUACCUGAAGCUGUUCUUGUUUUUGGGGGAGAAACAGCAGUUUUCUGUCAGGUAUCCGGCUAGGUGGGGCAGCUGUGUGUUGGGGUGGUGGGUUUUGUUUUGGUUUUUUUUCCUCUCUUUAUUUGUUUUUUGAAUAAUGUUUACAAUCUGCCUCAGUCACUCUGUCUUUUAUAAAGAUCCCACCUCCAGUCUUGCCCCACCCCCCACCCCCACUCAGGCCUUCUAGGCUGUUUGGAGAUGCUUGAAGAACUCAACCAAAUCCCAGUCCAAGUCAGACUUUGCACAUAUUUAUAUUUAUACUCAGAAAAGAAACAUUUCAGUAAUUUAUAAUAAAGAGCGCUAUUUUUUAAU